AUGUCGUCUUCGCAAAGAAUCCCUUCAUCUGUCUCUUCUCCCUUGACGGCAACCCGUAGGCUCCAUGCCACCGCCACUCAACUCACCCCCGCAACCACCUCCGCGGCUAGCACCGCUACUGAAUACCCGACCACCCACGAGCGAAUUGCCAACCCCAUUGACACUGCAAAUUUUCUCAAUAACGAAUUCGUUUCCUCCAAGGCUACGCAAUGGAUCGACUUGCAUGACCCUGCUACAAACAACCUCAUCACCCGUGUGCCCCAAAGCACUGAUGAGGAGCUCCGCGCCGCCGUCGAGUCGGCCGAGAAGGCCUUCCCAACAUGGCGUGCCACCAGCAUCAUGGCUCGGCAACAGAUCAUCUUCAAGUUUGUCAGCUUGAUCAAGGCCAACUGGGACCGUCUUGCAGCAUCCAUUACCUUGGAACAGGGCAAAACUUUCCCAGAUGCUAAGGGUGAUGUGCUCCGUGGUCUGCAGGUGGCGGAGACCGCCUGUGGUAUCACCACCCAGAUUACCGGUGAGGUCUUGGAGGUCGCCAAGGACAUGGAGACGAGAAGCUACCGUGAACCAUUGGGCAUUGUUGCAGCAAUUUGCCCAUUCAACUUCCCCGCCAUGAUUCCUCUUUGGUGCCUUCCCGUUGCCACUGUGACUGGUAACUGUCUAGUUAUGAAGCCCUCCGAGCGGGAUCCUGGAGCGGCAAUGAUUUUGGCCGAGCUAGCCAAGGAAGCUGGCUUCCCUCCGGGUGUGAUCAACAUCAUCCAUGGCUCUGCGAAGACAGUGGACUUCAUUUUGGACGAGCCUGCCAUUAAGGCUAUUAGCUUUGUUGGCAGCAACCGGGCCGGUGAAUACAUCUACAACCGUGGCUCUGCCAAUGGCAAGCGUGUCCAGGCAAACCUUGGCGCGAAGAACCAUGCUGCUGUCCUUCCCGAUGCCAACAAGAACCAGACUCUCAAUGCUAUCGUGGGAGCUGCAUUUGGUGCUGCCGGUCAGCGUUGUAUGGCUCUUAGUACCGCCGUCAUGGUCGGUGAAACUCAGGACUGGCUGUCUGAGAUGGCUGAACGGGCCAAGGCGCUGAAUGUCAACGGUGGAUUCGAAGAGGGGGCGGAUCUCGGCCCCGUCAUUAGCCCCGAGAGCCAAAAGCGGGUCGAAGAAUUGAUUACAAGUGCUGAGCAAGAGGGUGCGACUAUUCUCCUGGAUGGCCGUGGAUGCAAGCCCGAGAAGUACCCCAACGGCAACUUUGUUGGCCCUACCAUCAUCACCAACGUCACCCCCGAAAUGCGCUGCUACCGCGAAGAGAUCUUCGGUCCCGUCCUCGUCUGCCUCAACGUCGACACUCUCGACGACGCCAUCAACCUAAUCAAUAAGAACGAAUACGGCAACGGUGCCGCUAUCUUCACCCGCUCUGGCUCGACAGCCUCUCGCUUCCAGAAGGACAUUGAAGCCGGUCAAGUCGGUGUCAACGUUCCGAUCCCCGUCCCAUUGCCGAUGUUCUCUUUCACUGGUAACAAGAAGAGUAUCGCUGGUGGUGGUGCGAACACCUUCUACGGCAAGCCGGGGUUGCAGUUCUACACGCAGCAGAAGACAGUGACGAGUUUGUGGAGGGCUGAGGAUGCGGUUAGCACGAAGGCUCAGGUGGUUAUGCCAACCAAUUCAUGA